GGGUCAAGACAACCGGCGCCUCGCAAAAUUAGAGAGGCACAUAUCUAACCUCUACUAGGCUGCUGACUUUGUUCUUUUUCUGGAGUAUUCGUUCUGUCGCUAGGCUCUCCGAGGCAUCCACCUCCUAGCCCUUCAACUCCAACCCCACCUUUCUUUCUCCAUUAGUCAGUCGACUUUCCACUAUGCCUGUCCAGGGAAAGCAUCACCCACUGGUUCUAUACCUCGCCGCCGGGGCCUUCUUCUCUUACAUUCUCUAUACCCGUCUAAAUCUUUACCUAACCCGACAGCGCAUUAAGCGGGAAAAUGGCUGCCAGCCAUGUCCACACCACUUCAACAAAGACCCAAUUCUCGGCAUCGACGUUCUGCGAUUUAAUAUCAGAAACGCCCGCAAUAAGACUGUGCUUGAGUCAAACUGGAAUCGGUUCAAGCGGUUUGGGUCAUGGACCUUCCAUUCGCGCAUCAUGACAAUGCCGAUUAUCGUGACAGUGGAGCCUGAGAACGUUAAGACGAUUCUAUCAUUGAAGUUCAAGGACUACUCAUUCGGCGCCAGAACAAAAGCCUUCACGCCUCUGCUUGGCCAGGGCAUCUUCAACUCAGACGGCGAGCGGUGGGCCAAGUCUCGGCAUCUCCUGCGGCCGAAUUUUGUGCGGGAGCAGCUGGCUGAUCUCGACGCUUUCGAACGUCAUUUCAAGCUCAUGUUGAAGUGGAUUCCGAGGGAUGGAGCUACUGUCGAUCUCCAAGAACUCUUCUUCCGGUUGACUAUCGAUACCGCUACAGAAUUCCUGUUCAACCAUUCUACGAACUCGCUCCGAAUGAUAGGGCAAGAACAGACGUUGAACGAGGACGUUAUUUUCAGUAAAGCGUUUACAUUCGCCCAGGCAGACGUCCUGACACGCACACGUAUUGGCUUCUUAGACCGGUUUAGGAAGAACAAGGAGGGCAAGGAAGCGAUCCGCAUCUGUCAUGAAUACGUGGAUAAAUGGGUUGAUGACGCGGUGCGCUGGCGCGAAGAGAGCGAUGCGGAGAGGAAGAUUGGUGGAGAGAAGAAUGAGGAGAGAUACGUAUUUAUCCACGAGUUGGCCAAGCAGACGAAUGAUAAGAAGAGGAUCAGAGACGAGCUUAUGAAUGUUCUGCUUGCGGGACGCGAUACGACUGCGAGUUUGUUGAGUAAUAUGUUUUUUGAGCUUUCCAAGAAUCCAAACAUUUGGGCUAAGUUGAGGGCGGAGGUUGGAGAACUUGAUGGAAGGACGCCUUCGUAUGAAGAGUUGAGGAAUCUGAAGUACUUAAAGUGGUGCCUGAACGAAUCCCUACGUCUCCACCCUGUAGUUCCUGGUAACGGUCGCUUCGCCAUCCGCGAUACCGUCCUCCCUCUCGGCGGUGGCCCCAAAGGCACGCACCCACUCUUUAUCCCGCGCGGCACCUUGGUCACUUACUCUCCCUACGGCAUGCACCGCCGCACCGAUUAUUUCGGUAACGACUCCCUCGAGUACAAACCCGAGCGCUGGGAGCACCUUCGACCGGGCUGGGAAUAUCUCCCCUUCAACGGCGGCCCGAGAAUCUGCUUGGGCCAGCAAUAUGCUCUGACAGAGGCAAGCUAUGUCACGUGUAGGCUAGUGCAGGAAUUCCAGAAGGUGGAGAGUAGGGACGUGGAUGGGAUUUGGAAGGAGAGCUUGACUUUGACGGCUUGUUCGGCGAAUGGGACAUUGGUUUCUUUAACCCCAGCUUAAGAGAGGGGUUUGGUUGGGAAUGGGGCCAUCAUGGAGGACAAAUUGAGUUUGGAUAAUAUUGGAGUUGGGGUAAGGUAUGGAACGUUCGGAUGGUCGGCCAAAUUGGAAUACUCUGUCUUGGUUAUAUACAAAUGGUGGCGUACAGAUGGGCUCCUGUUCAAUUAAUUGGUGAUCGCCCCGGUAAUGUUUAUUUUUCAUAGCUUUCUUUGUCUAAACGCUAAAGUCACAAUGCUCCGAAUCUGAAACUCCAAGAUUUGGAACCUCCGAUGUCUUGCACACUCUUCUGCAUUUCUAUCAAAGACUACGAGAAACAAUUCUUGCGUUAGAACCCAGAGUGCUUGUGACAAGGUCCUAACGAUAGCAAAUAAAGGAAGGGCAUGAAUCCAUAUCGAUGCAUCGAAGAUCCGUUAGGCUCUGGUACCUAGGCAUUAGGAAGGAG